UAUUUAUCAACGUGUCAAUCCAACGUGUCAUCCAACGUGUCAGUUCAAAGCGUCAGUUCAAAUGUGUCAGUUCAAAGCGUCAGUUCAAAUGUGUCAGCUCAAUGUACCAGUUCAAUGUGUCAGUUUAAUGU